GGAUUCGCUAACAAGGGCGCGAAGGUCUACAUCUCAGGGAGGCGACUGGACGUAGUAGAGAAAGCGGCGAAGGAGCAGCAUCUUAAAGACGUUGGCUGUCUUAUUCCAAUCCGUAUGGAUGUGAAUGACAAGCAGAGUAUCAAAGAGAUCGUCAGACACAUUGAAGAGGCCGAUGGAAAGCUCGACGUACUCGUCAACAAUGCUGGCGUUUCUGGGCCCGGUUUCCACGGCAAGUGGCCAGUAGAGCCAGGUUCGGUACCGGAUAACCAGACUCUUGCGGCGUACGGCGAACAGCUGUUCAACCAGACUUCUGACGAAUGGGAUACCGUAGCCCGUACAGAUGUCAUGUCGGUGUUCUUCGUCACGAUGGCUUUUCUCGGUCUACUCGGAAAGAGUACGGAAGGUAGAGAAGGCAGGACGGCGAGCGUAAUUAAUAUCACGAGCAUCUUUGCACACACGAAGCUAAAUUGGGGAUAUUACGCAUAUGAUAGCUUCAAAGCGGCUUCAUCCCAUCUUACCAGACUGCUCGCGACUGACAUGUCGCUCAAGCGAGCUCCCAUUCGUGUGAAUGCUAUUGCUCCAGGGCCAUUCAUGUCAGAAUUUUCCCCAUCAGCGGAAUGGCUUCAGAGCCUAGUGGAGACAGAUUUCUUUGGGUCAGGGAAACCUCAUCCGAUGAAACGCAUAGGAAGAGAGGAAGAAAUGGUUUCAUUGGCAGUGUACCUUGCCUCGGAUGUAUCGGAGUACGUCACCGGCCAGGAGAUCACCAUUGAUGGCGGGAUAUCUUUAGUAAACCCAUGACUAUGCUCCGGU